UUUUUAUAUUGGGCAUCUUCCUUACGUCCAACAAACAGCUUCCCUCCAGUAUUCAGUUUAUCUUUAAUGAGGUUUUACAAAAAAUCAUCAAAAAUAUAUUUUUUAGCAAGCUGCCCCUUUCAACUUCCUUGUCUUCAUUCUGGUUAUACCGACCCCAAAAAUUGUUCAAAAUGUAGAUGCCCUGACGGCCUAACAGGUCUUUUAUGCAGCAAAGUUGCACGGACAAAAACUUUAUGUGGAGAUCAUCUAAUUUUUAAAAGCGGAGAAGAAUAUAAAAAAUUACAGUUUAAAGGUGUUGGUGAAUGCAAUUAUUUAAUUAAGGCACCUAGUGAUUCGCGUAUUUGUCUUUCAAUGGAUAUUAUUCAUUUUAGAGACCAUUGCCAACAAAAUUCUUUUGUAGAAAUUCACUACCAAACUUCUUUGGGGAGAACUGGAGCAUUGUAAGUUUCAUUACAGUUGGGGCCUCACCAUAAGAGACCCUCUUAAAUAGGGGGGGCUCGCUUAGACAGCACCCCAACUCGAUUGUACCCAUAUUUAUGAACCCCAUAAGCCAUUGGGGUCUCCUAGAACUUCACUACAUAGAAGCCUUUAACUUUUUCUUUUUCCGGUUCUGCAUGGAUACUCAACGGAGAACUUUUACAAGCGAAGGAAGCCAAGUACUUAUUCUCUAUCGUUCUGAUUUUUCUAAAAAUCAGUUUUCAUUGCGUUACAAAACUUGUUAAUCAAAUGGGGAGAGGCGGGAGAUUAAAUAAAGUUCCAAAACAUAAAGAAUUUAUUUACAUUAUUUACUACAACAAAAAAAUUUCACAACAAUAUAUAUAUUUACAUAACAAUAGGGUCACACAAUUAUAUUUACAAUAUUACAAACAAAUAUACACAAAUCACCUAACAUUUUUAUAUACUUUUACAAUUCUUGUU